CAUCUUCACACCAGGCCUUAUGACGAGAGUGAGAAAUCAUGCAUGUUAUCAGAGUACAUGGAACAAUACCCCCUUUAUCCUGCCACUCUUCCCAGAGGCUCAUUUAAGCCGAAGGAAGCAUACAAGACGGCGCAGAUACCCAUGGAUGGCAUCUCAACUACAAAGAGAGAUUACAUGGCUCAUGAAGUGUUGCCACAGAAACUUAAACCAUCUGAAAAUUAUAUCAAGAGUGAUGAGCGUAUGGAUUUGACUUCCACUUAUAAACAAGAUUAUAAUUUCUACCCUGUCUCUCAAGUACCUCCAUGCCUCCCCUCUGUGACAAGACACAUCUGCAGUGCCAAGAUGGACACAACAACCACCUAUAAAGAUGACUAUGUGCUGUGGAAUGAACUGAAGACAGAGCUGAUCAGACCAAAUGACAGGUUUCGCCCGACAGAAGAAAAAUUUGACUACAGAACCAUUGCCCAGGAUGACUAUCUCUACAGGGGGCCGGUUGCCACUCAUAGCUGCAAACCUCUGAAUCAGGUCCAGAAAAGUAAGGCUCCCUUUGAUGAUACAACCAGCUAUAGAGUGAAUUAUGUGCCACAUCCUCUGCAGAAAUGUCUUGCCUGUAGAUGUGAGACAUACAAGGCCAGCAAGGUCCCAUUUGAUGGCCUCACUACCCACAAAGUUUCUUACAAGGGGCUGGCUGGUCAGCCAGCCAAGCUGGCAAAACCAUACCAGCCGAAGGUUCCCUGUGAUCUUCCGUUUUCCUCUACAACUGAGUUUCAGGAAAAAUACCAAGCUUGGCCACGGCCUCCUGUAUUCACCAAAAAACCUCGUGUAUAUCUUCCUUCUCUAGAGAAAAUGGACCUUCACACCACUACUCAGAUACAUUACAAGCACCCAAAUGGCAAGCCAGCCAAUAUGUGUCGACCUUUCGUGCAGUUCAAAAAAGGUACUAAGCCAUUCAAUAGCUCUUCUGUAAUGAAGGAAGACUAUAAGCCUUGGCUGUGCAAGAGAGUAGAACCUAUCACUCAUGCUCCAGAGCUGACUUUGCCAGCAAAACCAAUGGAUUGCUUGACUACCUUUCAGACCCAUUAUGUGCCUCAUCCACUCACAGUUACGAAAAGCUAUAAACCUGGCUGGUCGGGCCCAAAGCAUCACACUCCGCUAGAUGCUAAAACAGUCUAUGCUACCACCUACACACCAAAGGGCAUUGUUAGAUGUCUGGCCUCUUACAAACACCCACCAGGUUACAUCUUCAAGGGAAUCGAUGCUGAAGGUCACAGUCUCUAUAUCCCUGCUUCCAAGAGUGAGAGCCUACAAGGUGGACACUGA